UUCAAAAAAAAAAUAAAGAAAUGGGGGAGAAGAGCAAGAUUCUGAUCAUCGGGGGCACAGAGUAUAUCGGUAAAUUCAUAGUAGCCGCGAGUACGAAAUCUGGGCAUCCCACAUUUGCUUUGUUGAGAGAAGCUACAAUUGAUGACCCUGCUAAAUCACAACUCAUUCAAGACUUCCGAAAUUCUGGAGUCACUAUACUCAAAGGUGAUUUGAAGGAGCAUGAGAGCUUAGUGAAGGCCUUAAAGCAGGUGGUUGUGGUUAUAUCCACUGUGGGUCAGAUUCAGUUGGCUGAUCAAGUCAACAUCAUUGCUGCUAUUAAGCAAGCUGGGAAUAUUAAGGUGUGUGCCAUUCGUCAUAUUAAAAAAGGCCAUUGUUAAUUACUCCCAAAAGACACGUUUCGACUAGCUAAAUUAAUACUAAUAUAAAAGCGAGCGGAGAUAUAUUAAUUUUAUAAUAGAAUGUGAAUAUAAUGAAGUGAAAAAAAGUUAGGCUAGGCAAAAACAAUAAGCAUGGGAUUCAUUAUAUGGCGCGGUAGAUAAAUAAUUGUAUAGCCAUUGAAAAAAAUGAUAUAAUGGCAGAGAGAUUGGAGUUGGGAAAUUCAGUGGAGCCGGCAAAAUCGGCAUGGUCGGUGUCACUGUUUUCAAAUGUACAUGAACGGAAUGGUAGAUUAAUCAAGGACCAACGAGUGCAUAACUACUUCCAUAUAGUUAAAUAAAUGUAAACCAACUUAAACAUUCAUUACUAAAUUUGCAAGAGCGGUCACCUGCUUUCCCCAGCUGAAUGGGAGAUAUCCGUACAUUGUGAGGAAGAAAAGGAAAAAAACCAGUAAAAGAACAAAAUGGGCCAGAACACCGAGACGUCGAACAUGGAGAAGAAGGUUGAGAGGAACGCAACACAAAAAGCUUUUGUGAUUGCAUAACUGAAAAGAUUAUGACAAAAUCACAUAAUUAUAAGUGUUUUCAUUGCCAAUACAAAGGGAAACUAUGUAAGCAUUUUCCAGAUCCACAAUUAUUGGGCUUUCAGAUCUCUUUCUCUAGAGACAUUUAAAUUUCAUCAAAAUUUUAUAUCAAUUACACUGUUAAAAUACUAGGAACUCCAGAUUUCAAAACAAGACCAGAAAAUCAGAAAAAAAUUGAUGAAAUAAUUGACUAAGACCAAAAAAGGAAUCCUCUCAUGCUGAUAUGGUUAUGAAAAUGUAUAUAUUUCAACUAACAAUAUGCACAGAACAAAAUCAGAAAAGGAACCAAAUUUAACAAAAAAAUGAACUUGAGUCAUUGCUGGCCACUGUUGGGUAACGGUGGUGCACACCCAAACUCCACAUUAGUAUGAUAUUGUCCGCUUUGGGCGAAGCCCUCACGGUUUUGCUAUUGGGGGUACUCCCCAAAAGGCCUCAUACUAAUGAAGUUGGGAUAGCCCAUUUAUAUGCUUGCAACUCUUGUUCAUUCUCCGAUGUGGGAUAUGGUUUGCUUCACCACAAUUGGUCGAGCUCACGCGUCGAGCUCACACACCACAUCUUUUCUAUUUCUGAUUAUGAUAUCAAUGCCAUGAAAAAGGUUCCCUAUGCUAAUGCUAUUGGAUCUGUGAUGUAUUUGAUGGUUAGUACUAGGCCUGAUAUUGCCUAUGCUGUGUCUUGUUUGAGUAGAUACAUGUCAAAUCCUGGUCCUGUUCAUUGGGAAGCCUUGAAGUGGUUGUUAAGAUAUCUGAAACAUACUUCUAAGUAUGGAUUGUGCUAUUCCAGAUGUGAAGAUGGUGUAAAACUGACUGGUUAUGUUGAUUCUAACUAUGCUAAUGAUAGAGACAAGAGGAAGUCCACCACCUCCUAUGUCUUUACUGUUUGCAGGUCCUGCAUAAGUUGGAAAUCACAGCUGCAACAUAUUGUAGCUCUCUCUACCACUGAAUCUGAAUACAUUGCCAUUACAGAGGCAAUGAAGGAGGCUGUAUGGCUAAAGGGAGUGCUCUCUGAACUCAAUUUUGUGAAAACUCCUCCUGUUUUGUUUUCAGAUUCUCAGUCUGCCAUUCAACUGUGUAAAAAUCCAGUCUUCCAUGAUAGGACUAAGCACAUUGAUGUAAGGUUUCAUUACAUCGGAGAUAUUGUAUAAAA